AUGGUGCAGGAGAACUUGACGAUGUUGUUCGGUGUAAGAGGACCGCUGACCAAAGACAUUACUCCUGAGAGUUUUUCUGACCGUUUGGUGCCCUUCACCUUGACCACUUGGCUUGUUCUGCUCUUCUUGUACUUGAUCUUCUUCGCGCACGAGAUGUAUGCUGCAAGGGUCAAGCCACUGCUGGCAGGGGAGCUGCCCAACACUUUGCUUUUUCAGUAUACGCUGCUCUUCUAUUGGUUUUACCACUAUCUCAACGAGGCGAUGCUUCUGCCGGUGACCUUGGAUUUUGCGGCCAGCAUGGGUCAAAGUGCCACAAUGUCUGGUUUUUUCAUUGGCAGUUCUUUGGUUGCCUCUAUUCUCGGUGUCAUCAUGGGUAAGAGGGUGGUGAAUGAGGAGUUCUGGGAUCAACAAUUGGCACGUGCCUUGAUCCUUUGGUCCAAUCUACUGGCGAGCCUUUUCAUGCUGCUCGAAGCGGUGGUCUCCAACUCCGCGGUUCAUUGGAGCCUUCCAUCGAAGCGCGCAGUCUUCUGGGUGAUGAUUUUGCUCUCUCAAGUGCACGCUUUCGGUCUAGCCUUACCCCAUGUGCCGCUCAUGGUCAUGUGGGGCAAGCUCACACCGAAGAGUGAGAUGUCCUUCUGGAUGAUUCUGACGCAGUGUGCACGCCAGGGAGGGCUCCUAGCAGGCCCGGCGGUCUUCGCGCUGGUCAGCGUCAUUGUGAAACAGGGCCAGCCUGUCGCGCCAGCCUCAUUGCUGGCCUGGGUGAUUUUCGCACAAGUUGUCUUCGGACUGUCCUCUAUCUUGCUGAACUCCAUGGUCAUACCUCCAGUGCUGCCGGAUCCGGACACUCCGGACGCCCCGGAGGCCCCGCGGAGCCCUGGACGUGGCACGUGCGAGCUGUCGGUGGACGCGCUGGAGCUGGACCAGCGCCGGGAGGUGGUGCGGGGCAUGGUCUUCUACGCCUUUGAGCGGUAUUUCGUCACCGCCUCCAUCGAGGUCAGUACCAUCAUGCUUCUCGAGGACCACCUGGGAACGGCGGAACGAUGCAGACAGUACAAGAGUACAAUUCCUGUCCCUAUGGCAUCCACCUCUUCUUGGGGCCCCCCAAAAGGGGAAUCUCAAAGUAAUGAUAUGAUCAUAUAUGGUCACUACAGUAGCUCCAGCCGUCCCAGUGGGGCUCAUUGA